AUGUUCUUCGAGAUAUAUGGUGAGGAGGGGGGCCCCGGGGGGGCCCCCUCCUCACCCCAGGGGCCCCAGGGGGCCCCAGAACCUCCUGCUGCUGCCAAUUUUGGUGGUCCUCCUAGAUCUUCAUGUAGAGGCCGACGUCGUGGAGGAUCUGGAGGCCCCCGGAAGGGUCCCGUAGGCCGUCUGGGGGCCCCUGGGGGCCCCCCAAAGAAUACAAAGCAGCGUCGCGUCCAAGCUCCCGUACACAGGCGCAGCAGCAGCGUAAGCAGCAGCAGCAGGAGCAGCAGCAGCAGCAGAUGGGAACAGGGAUCAGAAGAAGACUCUGCUGCUUCUGAGGCGUCUGCUGACAGCAGCAGCACACCAGAGCCAAGCGAUGAAGAGCUUGAAUCACGCAGCAGCAGCAGCAGCAGCAGCGAUGGCAGCAGCAGCGACAGCAGCAGCAAGGACGAGCAGGGAGAUAAGAGUUUCAAGCCAAAGAGGUGGAGGCCCCCUAAAAAGGUGUCAGCAGCAGCAGCAGCAGCACAAGCAAAAGCCAGGGAUCCAUGGGCAACAGCUGCUGCUGCUGCUGCUGCAGGUUCUGCUGCUGCUGCUGCUGAUGACGACUUGAGUGCAGCAGCAAAUUAUAGUGACGCAGGAAGACUUGAAAGAAUUUUAGAUAAGAUGGAGAUGGCUAUUCGUGCUGCUGCUGGCAGCGAAUCACCUGCAGCAGCAGCAGCAGCAGCAGCAGUAUGUGCAGCAGCAGGUGCAGCAGGAGCAGCAGCAGCAGCAGCAAAAGAUUCAUCGAAGACUCUCCCUAUUUCUGCGAAGAUUAUUUCUGAGAUAGAAAACCUGCCGGAGCUCCAGCGGCAACCCGACCAGCAGCAGCAGCAGCAGCAGCAGCAGCAGCAGCAGCAGCAGCAAGAGUAG